AGUGUCUAAAACCCUUGCAAACCCCUCUUUCGUUGCUCUCGGCCUCUAUUCUCAAACGCCAUUUUUUCUCUGUUUCACUUCAAUUCAUACACUCUCUCUCCCCUCAAACUUCUACAGUAAUGGCGCCUUUAAUCAAGAGGAAUCUCAAGAGAAAAUCUGGAGAACAACGUCAACAUAAUAAACCUGUUAAAUCUGCUGAUGAUAAACCUCCUUCUCUUCAAUUUGAUGAUGAUGUUCCCGAUUUUCCAAGAGGAGGGGGAAGUAGGUUGAGUCGAGAGGAAAGAGAUGGGAUUAAAGCUGAAGUCGAUGAAGAAUUUGAUACAGAAUUAAGGGAUUCAAAGAGGACGAAAAGUAAGAAGAAGAAGAAUGUUCGUACUACGAUUGACGAUGAUUUUGGUUCGCUUUUUGGUGAGGGGAUUUCAGGAAAAUUACCUAGGUUUGCAAAUAAGAUUACUUUUCAGAACAUUGCUCCGGGAAUGAAGUUAUUCGGAGUUGUAGCAGAAGUUAAUGAGAAAGAUCUUGCUGUAAGCCUUCCUGGUGGCUUACGUGGAUUAGUCCGAGCUAGUGAAGCAGUUGAGUCGGCUUUAGUACAUAGUAUCAAGGAUUUAGAGGGUCAUUCCCUCGCUAGCCUAUAUCAUGUGGGCCAGCUCGUGUCAUGUGUUGUAUUGCAAGUGGAUGAUGAUGAUAAGAAAGAGACAGGGAAGAAGAAGGUUUGGCUUUCAUCACGUCUUUCUUUAUUGCACAAGGGCUACUCUUUGGAUGCAGUUCAAGAAGGGAUGAUUUUGACCGCAAAUGUGAAAAGCAUUGAAGAUCAUGGUUACAUUCUCGACUUUGGGGUGUCCUCUUUUACUGGAUUUUUUCCAAAGAAAAGUAAUGAAGAUGCCAAGUUGACUCCAGGGCAACUUGUGCAGGGAGUAGUUAAAAAAAUUGAUAAAGUUCGUAAAGUACUUUAUCUGUCUACUGAUAGAGACAUUGUGUCUAAAUGUGUGAUGAAAGAUCUUAAGGGUAUCUCACUUGAUCUUCUUGUUCCUGGCAUGAUGGUUGAUGCUCGAAUACAGUCUACUCUUGAAAAUGGGAUCAUGUUAUCAUUUCUAACUUAUUUUACUGGAACUGUUGAUAUAUUUCACCUACAGAAUGCAUUUCCUUCAUCUAACUGGAAAAAGCAAUAUGAGAAAAACAAAAAGGUUAAUGCCCGAAUCCUCUUCAUUGAUCCGUCUAGUCGGGCUGUUGGGUUGACGAUGAAUCCUCAUCUUCUUCUCAACAAGGCUCCUCCUUCGCAUGUCAGGACAGGAGAGAUAUAUGAACACUCUAAAGUAAUCAGAGUAGAUAAAGAUUGGGGCCUUUUGCUUGAAAUCCCUUCGUCUCCAGCUCCCACACCUGCAUAUGUGACUAUUUCUGAUGUGGCUGAUAAAGACGUCCAUAAGCUUGAGAAGUCUUAUAGAGAAGGGAUUGAUGUUCGAGUAAGAAUACUUGGGUUUAGGCACUUAGAAGGGCUUGCAAUGGGUGUCUUGAAGGCUAGUGCAUUUGAAGGUGCAGUCUUUACUCACGCAGAUGUUAAGCCUGGGAUGGUAGUGAAGGCUAAAGUUAUUGCCGUCAACAGUUCGGGUGCUUUUGUGCAAUUUCCCAGUGGUGUCAAGGCACAUUGUCCUCUACCACAUAUGUCUGAAUAUGAUAUUGACAAGCCUCGCAAAAAAUUUAAGGUUGGGGCGGAGCUAGUCUUUCGUGUUCUUGGUUGCAAGUCAAAGAGAAUAACGCUUACUCAUAAGAAAACACUUGUGAAAUCAAAGCUUAGCAUUCUUAGUUCUUAUACUGAUGCAACCGAAGGAUUAGUGACCCAUGGAUGGAUUUCGAAGAUUGAUUUGCUUGGAUGCUUUGUCCGAUUUUACAAUGGAGUACACGGAUUUGCCCCUAGAUCUGAGCUUGGUCUAGAGCCAAGAUGUGACACAACCGCAAGUUACCAUGUCGGGCAAGUAGUUAAAUGCAGAGUAACAAGUUCAUGUCAUGCUUCACAUCGUAUCAAUCUUAGCUUUAUCAUUUCACCUACAAAGGUUUCGGAGGAUGACGCAGUCAAGUUGGGUAGCGUGGUAUCCGGAGUGGUUGAGCUUGUCAUGCCCAAUGCCAUAUAUUUACAUGUAAAUGUAAAAGGAAACAUGAAAGGAACAGUAUAUAUUGAACAUUUAGCUGACCAUCAGAGGCAGUCUGUGCAGCUGAAGUCAGUCUUGAAGCCUGGGCAUGAACUUUCUCAGUUGCUGGUUCUAGAUAUUGAAGGACACAAUUUAAUACUUAGUGCAAAAUAUUCUCUUAUUCAUGCUAUACCACAUCUUCCUGCUGAUACUUCACAAAUUACUCUGAACUCUGUGAUCAAUGGAUAUGUAUGUAACUUAAUUGAAACUGGAUGUUUUGUCCGAUUUCUUGGUCGUCUGACCGGCUUCUCCCCAAGGAAAAAGGCACUAGAUGACAGAAACACUAAUCUUUCUGAAGCCUUUUUUGUUGGGCAGUCUGUACGCUGCAAUAUUCUUGAAUUUAACAAUGAAAGUGAUCGCUUAACAUUGUCACUGAAGCAGUCCCAUUGCUCAUCUACUGAUACUUCCUUCCUCCAAUCAUAUUUCUCAACGGAGGAGAAAAUUGCUGCACUUCAAGUGUCUAAUUUAAAUAGCUCUGAGUUGGAUUGGCCACAAAAUUUGAAUGUGGGAUCUGUAGUUGAGGGUAGAAUCAAUGAAGCAAAGGAUUUUGGGGUUGUUAUCAGCUUUGAGAAGUAUAGUGAUGUUUUUGGUUUUAUUUCGCAGCAUCAAAUGGGUGGGAAGACUCUAGAAACUGGCUCCACUGUAAGAGCUGUAGUUCUUGAUGUUUCUAAGUCAGAACGCCUAGUUGACCUGACUUUGAAGCCAGAAUUUGUUGAGAAAUCUGAAAGAAAUGCUUGUGCAGCUACUGUAGCUAAGAAGAAACGGAAAAGAGAAUCCAAGGAAUUCAAAUUGCAUGAAACAGUAAAAGCUGUAGUUGAAGUAGUAAAAGAGGAUUACUUGGUACUUUCUUUACCAGAACAUAAUUAUUCUGUUGGAUAUGCAGCGGUAACUGAUUAUAAUAUGCAAAGGUUACGACGGAAGCAGUUCUCCACUGGGGAAACAGUUGUUGCAACUAUCAUGGCACUUCCAAGUGAUUUAACAGCUGGGAGAUUACUUCUGCUUCUUGAAUCCUGUAAUGGGUCUUUGGAGACUUCAAUUUCGAAGAAGGCUAAGAAGAGGUCUGGCUAUGAUAUUGGCUCUCUGGUCCAUGCAGAGAUUACAGAUAUUAAACCUCUUGAGAUGUGGUUAAAGUUUGGGAUGGGAUUUCGUGGUAGAGUUCACAUUGCGGAGGUAAAUGAUGAGAUUGGUGUGGAAGAUCCCUUUUCUGCGUAUAAAGUGGGGCAGACAUUGACUGCCAGGAUUGUUGCGAAUAGUGUGAAGCCAGUGAACAACAAAAAAGGCAGCCCAUGGGAACUGUCUCUCAAACCAUCAAUUCUGUCAGGCUCUACUGAGAUUGAGAAGAUGCAAAUGGCUGAGGAUUUCAACUUCACUGUAGGACAGCAUGUCAGUGGCUAUGUCUAUAAAGUUGAUAAAGAGUGGGUCUGGUUAGCAGUCUCUCGACAAGUGAAGGCUAAGCUAUUUAUUCUCGACAGUGCAUGUGAACCUAGUGACCUUGAGAAUUUUCAGAAACGUUUCAGGUUGGGGGCUGCUCUCUCUGGGUACAUAUUGAGUAUGAACCGUGAAUGGAAGUCUCUGCGUUUAGUCAUGCGUUCAUUUUCUGCUAUCUCCAAUGGAUUAGAAAGUUCUGCAUCAGAUGAGAAGGAAGUGUGUCAUAUUCACAAUGGAGAUGUUCUUGGUGGUAGAGUGUGGAAGAUUCUUCCUGGUGUCGGUGGCAUUCUUGUGCAGAUAGGACCCCAUAUAUAUGGUAAAGUUCACUACACUGAACUUGCUGAUCCCCCGGUAUCUGAUCCCUUGUCUGGCUAUAAUGAAGGUCAAUUUGUUAAAUGUAAAGUCUUAGAAAUCAACUACUUAGCUAACAGUUCUGUCCAUAUUGAUUUAUCAUUUCGCAUCUUUGAGGAUACUAUAAAUGGAGACUCUCGUAGCAAUUGUAUUCAGAAGAUUGGAGACCUUCAGCCUGAUAUGGUGGUGAAUGGUUAUGUUAAGAGUGUUACUCCAAAGGGCUGCUUCAUUUUGCUUUCCAGGAAUAUAGAUGCAAUGAUCAAGGUUUCUAACUUGUCUGAUGGAUAUGUUGAGGAUCCUGUAAAAGAAUUUCCUGUUGGUAAACUUGUAAAGGGGAAAAUUCUAUCUGUGGAACCUUUAUCAAAGCGUGUUGAAGUUACUCUGAAGGCGGAUAAUAAGAAUAGCAGAUCCGAGUUGAGUAAUUUUGGUAGUCUGAAUGUUGGUGAUGUUGUAAGGGGCAGGAUCAAACGGGUUGAGUCAUUUGGUCUCUUUAUUGUUAUUGAUAAUGUAAACUUGGUUGGAUUAUGUCACGUGUCAGAGAUUUCUGAUGAUCAUGUUGAUGAUCUUGACGACCAAUUUAAAGCAGGAGAGAGGGUAACUGCAAAAGUUUUAAAAGUGGAUGUGGAAAGACACCGCAUAUCACUUGGAAUGAAGUCUUCAUAUUUUGAAGAUGAAGACCAUGGAAAUAAUGAAAUGGAUGUUGAUUCAGUUGAUAACUCUAUAACUCUGGUAAAUGCCAAGGUUGACAUGCCUCAAGUUGAAUAUUCUGAUUCUACAUUUGAACUUGAAGAUGAAUCAGCUCUUAUCCAAGUGGAAUCAAGGGCAUCUGUGCCUCCUCUAGAGGUUACUCUUGAUGACAUGGAGGAUGAUGAGAUGUUUGACCAACUAGACAACAAGGAAACAAUUGCUAAUGGUUCCAAUGCUAUUGAUGAAAAGAGCAACAGGCAGGCUAAGAAAAAAGCAAAGGAAGAGAAGGAACAACAAAUCAGGGCUGCUGAACAACGUUUGCUUGAGGUUGAUAUUCCUAGAACUAGCGAUGAGUUUGAGAAAGCAGUUAGAAGCUCUCCAAACAGCAGCUUCGUCUGGAUAAAAUACAUGCAAUUUAUGCUUUCUAUGGCUGAUGUUGAGGGAGCCCGUUCUGUGGCUGAAAGGGCCUUGAAAACAAUCAAAAUCACUUGUGAAACAGAGAAGCUGAACGUUUGGGUCGCAUACCUUAAUCUGGAAAAUCAGUAUGGGAAUCCCUCUCAGGAGGCAGUAGUGAGACUAUUUCAAAGAGCACUGCAGUUCUGUGAUCACCUAAAAUUGCAUUUGGAGCUAUUAGGAUUGUAUGAAAGGACAGAGCAGCAUAAAUUGGCUAAUGAGCUUCUUGACAAAAUGGUUAAAAAGUUUAAACAGUCAUGCGAGGUAUGGCUGAGGCGAAUUCAAUGGUUUUUGAAGCAAAAUCCAGAAGAAGUUGAUAAGAUGAUGAAUCGUGCUCUUCUAUCUCUCCCAAAGCAUGAACAUAUACAAUUUCUUUCACAAGUUGCUAUCCUUCAGUUCAAGAUUGGGGUUCCUGAUAAAGCCCGCUCUAUAUUUGAGAAAAUGUUGCGUGAAUACCCAAAGAGAAGAGACCUGUGGAGUGUUUAUCUUGAUCAGGAAAUUCGAUUGGGUGACGUUGACAUUAUACGUGCAUUGUUUGAAAGAGCAACGAGUUUGAGCCUUCCUGCAAAGAAGAUGAAGUUCUUGUUCAAGAAGUAUCACAAAUAUGAGAAGUCACUUGGUGAUGAAAACCGGGCUCAGUAUGUUAUUAAGAAGGCCAAGGAAUACGCAGAGACAUCUGCAAUAUGACAUUGACUGUUCUGUGCUGUUUUUGUUCAUCUUUCUUCCCAUGUUCCCUAUUGUUAGUAGGGGGACAUUCCCAGUCUUGUAAUGUAGCAUCUCUUACUAAGAGGACCUAGGCGCCCGAUUGCCGUCGUUAUAAUCCCCAUGUACGGCAGACGUUUGACCAACAUGAUUGUUGAGUGGUGUUUUAACGCACAUGGUAGAGACACUGAUCUUGGCAGUUGGGUAAAAAGUGAUCUCAGUCAUGCCCAACCCCCCCCCCCCCCCCCCUCCUCCUCCUCCUCCUCCUUUCUUCAAGGUAUCUCUCGUUUUACAUUGAAUGUUGCAUGAUCAUAAUGAAAACUUUGUUUUACUUUGACCUCAGUACCCAUUGUUAAUUUGUGUUGUGGUAAAAUUGCAAUCAUAAGAUCGUAAGUUCGUACCUCAUAAUGCAACAUAUGACACUUAUGACAGGAGGUCGGCUCCACCCAACACAGUGCUGGACCAACACAGGGGUAAGGAGGUCAUUUUCACAUUAAAUGAAAGUAUUGUGGUUGUAUUGACAUUGUUCAUACAUAUAUUUAUACAACUAUAAGAGAAUUAUCUACUCGUUUCAUUAUGUA